AUGAGUGAGGCUGAGGUAGAUGCCCUCAACAACGAACUACACCGAUAUCUGAGCGAUCUUCGAGCGAUGCCAAAGCCAGUUGGCAUAAAGCAUGCAAUGUGCAACGCGAUUGGGGGACCUUUGUAUGACUAUCGCAUGAUUGUUGGCCAAGACUAUGAUAAAGCUCGAGGAGAUUUUAUUGAACCAUUCGCGACUGAGGACGAUUUCAACGAAAAGCUCCAGACUCCGGCGAUUCCCGGUGUCUCUCACAGGUCGGGUCACGAGAUUGUCUUGACACAUGCGGAUAUAAACAUGAGAAAUAUACUCCAUCAUAACGGAAGAAUCUAUGGCAUCAUAGACUGGGAAAAUGCUGACUGGUUCCCUGAUUACUGGGAGUACACAAAGGGUCUAUAUGUCACUAAAGUCAACAGGCGGUGGCUGAGCAUGAUGGAUCGGGUAUUUGCAACCUUUGGGGAUUUCAAGGAUGACUAUGUUACGGAGCGUAAGCGAUGGGAUUAUUGUAUGUAG